ACGAGAUGCUGUUCAUCAUCGACACGUGCCAGGGCGCGUCCAUGUACGAGCGCUUCUACUCCCCCAACGUCAUGGCGCUGGCCAGCAGCCAAGUGGGCGAGGACUCGCUGUCGCACCAGCCGGACCUCGCCAUCGGGGUGCACCUCAUGGACAGAUACACCUUCUACGUCCUGGAGUUCCUCGAGGAGAUCCACCCGGCCAGCCAGGCCAACAUGAACGACCUGUUUCAGGUGUGCCCCAAGAGCUUGUGCGUCUCCACCCCCGGACACCGCACCGACCUCUUCCAGAGAAACCCCAAGAACGUGUUGAUAACCGACUUCUUCGGGAGCGUGAGGAAGGUGGAGAUCACCGCCGAGGCCCUCUCCCUGAAACCCGACUACAACUCCACCGGGUUCAGGUAGCCACUUAGUCUUCCCUCCCUUGUCUCCGGUGGUACCGGGGUGGGGGAGGGAAGGAAGGAGAGAGACAGAGAGAGACAGAGAGAGAGAGAGAAGGAGGA